GAUUUCGUGGCCACAAUGUAUCGUGGCCGAGCCAUAUAUAAGGGGGGUAGCUUAAGGAAUUGUCCAUACUCCUGUGAGCACUCCCAAAGAGUAAACAGCUCAACACAUUUUGUAUUUUUAUAUUCUAUCGUGUGUUUUGUGCGAUCGAGAUUAAAUAAGGCUGCAACCAAAUACUCUCCUAGCGACAUCUAUUAUCGAAUAGCAACAAUGAUGACUUCACUUUCGCUACUCGCCGCUGUCUUAGUGUCGCUGCUGUGCACGUUCACAAAUGCACAUGUUGCUGACAGCAGAAAAGCAUUGGAUAACAACAUUCAACCUAAUGCAGUCACACCCAGGAGACGCCACCUUCGAGAUAUGGUCCGCAUCAGGAACGCGCCCCCGGAGACGGUGCAGUUCGAGCCAGGAACCCGACUCGUGCUGGAGUGUGAGGUCCUCGGGAAACCAGCUCCUACCGUCCAAUGGCUGAAGAAUGGGGAACCUAUUGUGGAUUAUGAAGUGGAAAGCAAUGACAUACUGCCCGCCGACCCAUCCAGCUUCGCUCAAAUGGUGAGCAAGCUAGUCGUGACGUCAACGUCCAACGGUGACAUAUACACCUGUGUGGCAACCUCAGCGCUCAACCAGAAAACUGCAUCAACUACCGUUUUCACUGUUGAAGAAAGCGAAGAAGAGAACCUUCUAACUCUUCAGAAGCUGUUCAGAAUGCCGUCGAAGCCCGUCAUCACAUCGUUCUACACGAACAUCUUCCAGAACAUCGGGUCUGACGUGGUUCUGCCGUGCCGGGUGGACAGCACCAGCAAGUCCCAGGUCUUCUGGCAAGAUAAUAAUGAUGAACUGGUGUUUGGCAACUCUAGGAUGCGGGUACUCCCCUCAGGCGAUCUAGUAAUCACGCCUCUGCUAUGGUCAGACAUGGGCAACUUCACGUGCAUAGCCAAGAACAUGUACGGCAAGGAUACCAUGACCACCUUCAUGUACCCGCUCAGACCUUCCAAAGCAUAAGCGCAUAAAACUUCAAGUGUUUGACCAGAAACGUUACCCGCCGAUUUAAUCUCGAUGUUCCUAUUAUUAAGUGUCGUUUAAGUAAAACUUAACUUAUUGUUAGCUUAAGUUACAAUGUAUACAACAAAGUAAUAUAAGUACUUAAUAUAAAUUUAUUGAAAGCAAACUUAUAUUGUAUGCCAAAAUGAAAUUCAGCCGUUUUUAUUUAGACUGGUAAAAAUAACUUAACAUUGUACUGUAGACAAAGUUUUUUUUAGAAAAGCCACUUUUUACAUAAUCAUGAAAAACAAUUAAUUUAUUAAAUGAAAAAAAAAAACUAUUUUAUAAUGGUUCAGGGACUUAUAAAAACAACAAUCAAAUGCAACUUAAAUUUUUUUGUUUUUAUAUUUUUGUCUGAUUUUACGACUGGAUUUAACUUUAUUUAAGUUAUUUUGUGAUUUUAUUUUUUAAGAUUAUUUUGUAAAUACAACAUAUGAUAUUAUAUUAAUAUAUAUUGUGUAGUUGGCAGACUUACCCAUAAAACGAAAUUUAAAAAAUAUAUAUUUGUAGCUUUUCCGUCCUAAUCAAAUUAUGUAUGACCACAGAAUUAAUGCUUAAUUUAAUUAUUAGAUAUAAACUACUUAAAUAUUGUUCUUUUAAAAGUAAAAUAUUUCAUCAACAUAAAAUGUCCAUUAAUUUCGUCUGCCGACUGUACUUAGGUUAUAAAAGUUGAUGUUAAUACAUACGAUCUCUGUGAUUUUUGAAAUAAAUGUUUUAUUAUUACACAAA